AUGGAGCCUAGUAAUCUCGAACCUCCAUCAUAUACCUCUGCAGUCACCAAUAAUUCUUGCCAGCUUCAGGUCGGUGCUGGCGGAUUACCGCCACCUCCUUAUGCUGCAACGUUGCCAACCCUUUUCUCUCCGACAGCAGAACGAGAGGAUAUCAUCCAAACAAUACCUCUUCACCUUUUACACGAAUAUGACCACGGCCCAUAUAUCCGGUGGAUCGACUGCCCAUUCUGCUUAAAAGGCACUCCUGUAAGAAGGGCCGUAACCAGGGGUUUUCACAACGGUGUAUUGAAGAUGUGGCUCGGCUGGUCCAUCAUCACAGGAGGCAUCGGGAUGUUUUACCGACCAACUCAUAACGACACGGUCGAUUACUUUUGCGGUGACUGCCAAAACAAGGUGGCAACGAGCCAUCCAGACAAGGGCCCGAUGGAGACGUUUGGACCAGGGGGUCAUAGUCGAACGUUUGAUAGGUAG